CGAAUGGCUCGAGAGGUGAUCCUCAUAUGAGGACAUUCGAUGAACGUGCAUAUACAUUCCAAGGCACAAGCUGGUACAUUCUGUUCAAGGACUGCACCGACAAUCCUCGUUUUGAAGUGACAACCAAGUUUGAACCAAGAGAAGAUAGUACACCAGACAGAGUCAGAACAAGAACAAUCUCAUUCAAUGUAACAGUUGGAAAUCAUUACGCGAUCGUUAAUGGACUGGAUGUUACUACAGGAAGUACAGGUGGACAGGUGACUGACGCAAAAGCUAUAACAAUUCAGCAAGAAGAUAAGAGUGUUAAACUGCAAUUCACUUCGAAAGACACGACAUUCACUUUUAAUUGGACUCUGAGAAAGCAUACAUUAGAUGUAUCCUACGCCGGCUCGUUUUACAAAGGAAACCUAUGCGGUCUGAUGGGUAAUGCAGAUGGUGAUACUCGCAAUGACUUCCAGAAACCAGAUGGUAGCCUUGCCAAAGACGUUCCUGAAUUUGGGUGAAAGCUGGAAAGUGAUUAACAAAAAGUGUCUUUAGAAAUGCUACAAUUGACGAAAGUUCAAGCAUGUUUACAGCCCGAUUACUUUUUUGAAAUCUAUAAUGUUCGUCAUUUUUGGUGAUGGUUAUUUGUCAAAUACACAACAAUUCUGAUAUUUCGAUUUGAAGUUGUACAGCAUGCGUUCUAUAACUAAUGACACUAUAACACGUGGUUGAUCGCAAUCUUUGGAAUAUUAGUAGAUAAGUAAAACAUGUAUUGCUCAACAAAUUUAGUUUAAUAAACAGAUGUGGACAGA